UUCCGCUCGCCGCGGAGGGAUACUCGCCGCGGCCGGGACUCCGUGCGCGCGGGGCUGAAUGGAGGCAGCCUCUUCCUGGUGGAUAAACAGUGACAGCUACAGGGCAGCCACCGAGACCCAGCACACAGGCUCCGGCGCUGCCCUGGCAAACAACCCCCCAAAAUGGCUUCAGACAGUGCACACAUCGCGCAGUUGACUUCUGAACUCUACUUCCUAAUAGCCCGGUUUCUAGAAGCUGGACCGUGUCAAAAAGCAGCCGAGACCCUGAUAAGGGAGGUGGAGGAGAAGGAGCUGCUGCCCAAGAGGCUGGACUGGACGGGGCAGGAACACCCCGGGACCUACGAGAAUUUGGUGAAGCUCUGCAGGCAUGUCAGUCCAGACCACCUGCUGCAGGUCUGCUCCAGAGUUUGUCCGCUGCUGGAGGGGGAGGUCCCUGCCAGCGUGCCUGGACUCAGCAGCCUGCUGGGGGCCGGCAGGCAGAAUCUCCUCCGCACCAGCAAGAGCUGCAAGCAUGUUGUGUGGAAGGGCUCAGCACUGGCCGCACUUCACUGUGGCCGACCACCGGAGCCGCCGAUCAUCUAUGGCAGCCCCCCUAAUAUUGUGGAGACGAGCCACGGCCGCCGACUGAACGGCUCCUACCGCCUCCGGCAGCUGGUGCCCACCGCCGUGUACCAGCACAUGAAGAUGCACAAGAGGAUCCUGGGACACCUGUCGUCCGUGUACUGCGUCACCUUCGACAGGACGGGGCGACGCAUCUUCACGGGCUCGGACGACUGUCUUGUGAAGAUCUGGGGCACAGAUGACGGACGUCUGCUGGCGACGCUGCGCGGCCACGCCGCCGAGAUCUCCGACAUGGCCGUCAGCUACGAGAACACAAUGAUCGCCGCCGGUUCCUGCGACAAGACCAUCAGAGUGUGGUGCCUGCAGACCUGCGCCCCGCUGGCUGUCCUGGAGGGACACGCAGCCUCGAUCACCUCGCUGCAGUUCUCUCCUCUCUGUUGCGGCUCCAAGCGCUACCUGUCCUCUACCGGAGCUGACGGAACCAUCUGCUUCUGGCAGUGGGACGCGCGGACGCUAAAGUUUUGUCAGAGGCCCAGUAAGUUCACGGAGCGCUCCAGGCCCGGCGUCCAGAUGAUCUGCUCAUCCUUCAGCGCAGGUGGUAUGUUCCUCGCCACAGGAAGCACGGAUCAUAUCAUCAGGGUGUACUACUUUGGUUUAGGCCAACCAGAGAAGAUCUCUGAACUCGAGUCGCAUACAGACAAAGUGGACAGCAUCCAAUUUUCACAUUGCAGUGACAGGUUUGUGAGCGGCAGCAGGGAUGGUACAGCGCGGAUCUGGCAGCUGCAGCCUCAGGGCUGGAGAAGCAUUCUGCUGGACAUGCAGACCAAAUUACCCGGGAAGUACAACCCUCCUCCGCUGGAAGACAAGGUGACCAAGCUGAAGGUUACCAUGGUGGCGUGGGAUCGCCAUGACGGCACGGUGAUCACGGCUGCCAACAAUCUGACGCUGAAGGUGUGGAACUCCACCACGGGGAACCUCGUUCACGUCCUGAUGGGUCACGAGGAUGAGGUGUUCGUUCUGGAGCCGCACCCCUUUGACCCAAGAAUCCUUUUCUCGGCGGGGCAUGAUGGGAAUUGCAUCGUGUGGGACCUGGCCAGAGGGGUCAAGAUCCGCUCCUACUUCAACAUGAUUGAGGGCCAAGGACACGGGGCAUUGUUUGACUGCAAAUGUAGUCCAGAUGGGCAACACUUCGCAGCCACAGACUCCCACGGACACCUGCUCAUCUUUGGCUUUGGCUCCAGCAGCAAGUACGACAAGAUAGCGGACCAGAUGUUCUUCCACACCGACUAUCGGCCGCUGAUCCGGGACGCCAACAACUACGUGCUGGAUGAGCAGACCCAGCAGGCGCCGCACCUCAUGCCCCCUCCUUUCCUGGUGGACGUGGACGGAAACCCCCACCCUCCCAGAUACCAGCGGCUCGUGCCUGGCAGGGAGGGCUGCAGGGACGAGCAGCUGAUCCCGCAGAUGGGCGUCACUUCCUCAGGCCUGAACCAGGUGGUGAGCGAGCAGGCGGUGGACGGUCCUAGUCCUCUGGAUACGAUGAUUCAGAGGCUGCAGCAGCAACAAGACCAAAGGCUGGGAACAAACGAAGCCCCUGUGUCUGCAGCUGGUAACAGCCGGGCUGGCAGAGGAUCGGUGGGUUCGCCAAUAGAGGUGCACUCCCCACCCAACGUGGGUCUGCGUCGCAGCGGCCAGAUCGAGGGUGUCCGCCAGAUGCACAGCAAUGCCCCACGCAGCCAGAUGGCCACAGAGGGAGACCUGGUGGCCUGGAGCCGCAGGGUGCUGGUCCCUGAGCUGCAGGACGCCUCUGUCAGGAGACAGGUGAGCUGGCGUGAGGCGAAAGGGGAGGAGGAGAUCAAUAUUUAUCAGUCAGAAAGGAGGAGACGCACCAUCCACUCCCUUCCCAAGGAGAGCAGGGUUCAUCCCACAUCAGAGUGUGCAGUCGAUGAGGGGAGGAAGAGUCAGGGUAACCAUGGUUAUCAGACUCGUGCUGCCAUGGAGGAGACGAGUCGCCAGAGUGCUGAGGCAGCAGACGACGAUGACAGCGCCUCAGAGGGAGAGGUGGAGGUACGUAAAAUCAACGGGCAUUCCUCAGAGGAGGAGAAGGAAGAGGAGGUAAAAGAGCCCUGGCCAGAUGACCACAGUAGUUCAAGCGACUACUCCAGCGAUUACUCUGACUGGACGGCGGACGCAGGGAUCAACCUUGAGCCGCCCAAGAAGAGCGUCAAGGUGAAAAAGAAGAGCAGCGGCUCCGAAGAGGACGUGGAGAAGAAGCGGGAUGGGAAGAAAGAAAGAAAGAAAGACAAGCCAGACAAAGACGACGCAUUACCAAAGAAGAAGCAGCCAAAAGAGAACAGGAAGAGGGCAGAUCUUCAGGAGCAAGGGCUAACCCUGGAGGAGUGGCUUCCCUCUGCCUGGAUCACAGACACCGUCCCCCGGAGAUGUCCUUACAUACCCCAGAUGGGAGACGAGUUAUACUAUUUCAGACAGGGACACGAAGCCUACGUGGAGAUGGCCAAACAGAAGAAGAUCUACAGCAUCAAUCCUAAGAAGCAGCCGUGGCACAAGAUGGAGCUACGGGAGCAGGAGUUGAUGAAGAUAGUUGGUAUCAAGUACGAGGUGGGCUUGCCCACACUGUGCUGCCUGAAGCUUUCCUUCCUGGACCCUGACACCGGGAAACUGACUGGAGGAUCGUUCUCCAUGAAAUAUCACGACAUGCCUGAUGUAAUCGACUUCCUAGUGUUGCGGCAGCAGUUCGACAAUGCCAGAACGAGGCAGUGGAGUAUAGACUGUAAUGUCUGUGUAGGCGACAGGUUUCGGUCGGUGAUCGAUGAUGCCUGGUGGUUUGGGACCAUUGAGAGCCAGGAGCCCUACCAGCCCCAGUACCCUGACAGCCUGUUCCAGUGCUACAAUGUCUGCUGGGAUAAUGGAGACACGGAGAAGAUGAGCCCUUGGGAUAUGGAGACUAUCCCUGAUGAUGCCACGUUCCCCGAUGAGUUGGGCUUGAGCGUCCCGCUGGUAGAAGAAGAGCAGAAGGAGCUGCUCUACGUCCCCCUGGAUGGGGAAUGGGGCUGCCGCACGCGCGCAGAGGAGUGUGAACGCAUCAUCACAGCCAUCGACCAUCUCUGCACACUCGAUGUGGCAGCGCCAUUUGCCUUUCCAGUGGACCUCCAGGCUUACCCCACGUACUGCACAGUGGUGGCCUACGUCACUGACCUCAGCACUAUACGCCAAAGGCUGGUGAACCGCUUCUACAGACGACUGUCCUCUCUGAUGUGGGAGGUUCGGUACAUUGAACACAACGCCCAAACAUUCAACGAGCCUGGAUCAUUCAUCGUCACCACCGCCAAGUUCGUCUCUGACCUCAUGCUGCAAUUCAUUAAGGACCAAAGUCUGACAGACAUCAUGCUGCUCUACAGAACUAUGAAGAAGGCAACUUUCUCUGACUCUGAAGACGAGGAUGAUGAGGAGGAGGAGGAUGAAGAUAGUAACGCUCCUGGAACAUCAACACGGAACCACAAGGGACGUCAACCUAAUAGGCGGCAACUGCGAACCCGACCGCCUUCAUAUGACCCUCAUGCGUGGAGGGGCCGCUGUAAGGAGCUGCUGGACCUGAUCUUUCAGUGUGAAGACUCGGAGCCCUUCAGAGAACCCGUGGACUUACAGGAGUACCCGGACUACCUGCAAAUAGUUGACUCUCCAAUGGACUUUGGAACCGUUCUCAACACGCUAAAAGAAGGAAAGUACCAGUCUCCCAUCGAGCUCUGCAAAGAUGUCCGGCUCAUUUUCAGCAAUUCCAAAGCUUACACGCCCAGUAAGAAGUCUCGGAUCUACAGUAUGAGCCUGAGGCUUUCCGCACUGUUUGAGGAGCAUGUCAGCUCCAUCCUGGCUGACUACAAGGCCAUCCACGGCCUGACAGAUAAACUGACCAGACAGGGCACGGACAGACAGACGCGACACACUACGGACAAACAGACACGGCACGCCAUGAAGAGGAGGAGGAGGAGGAGCGAGUCUCCCGCAAGCAGCACUGCAUCCAGCCCAGAGAGGAAGAGACGCGUAUCAUCCAGGGUGACAGCGAAAAGGGAGCCAUCGCCGCCUCCUUCACGACCUUCUUCCCUGAGACAGAGCAUCCCCCCGAAACAGCCUCUGCAGCUGGUCAACGGGAAGGGGGAUACGCCGGCUGCAGGGCGAACACGGAGCGCAGCACGCCACUCUGCACACUCUCCACCCGCCACAUCCGCUUCACUUAAUGCCACAAGCAGCACAGCGAGCAUUGCAGAGUCUACUCGUUCGCUGAGGGCUCACAACUCUGUGUCGGCUUCAACGCCCUCGGCUCCUGAAAAGGUGACACCCUCUCCAGCCACAGAAAGUAGCAGUGGAGGAAGCACCCGGCGGAAACUCAGGACGCCUGUACGACUCACACCUGGCGCUCCAGUCCCUGUCAGCCCUUCAACUCAGAGCACAGUCCACCUGAAUGGUCACAGUAGUCACACUGGUGUGGGGAGGAGGGGGCGGAAACCCAGAGUGGACCCACCGGCGAGUCCCCCAGAAGUCACGACGCCGGCGAGUCCCUCCAGACCCCGAGGUCGCCCUCCUGGCAAGAAGAGAGGCAGGAAGAGCAAGCAGGAACUGGAGGAGCUGAGACGGAGCGGUAACCGCAGGAGCUCCACCCCUGACGAUGAGCUCGACCAAUCCACGGGAGACGAAGGUGGGACGUCUUCCGCACAGGAAACAUCUGUGCUGUCGGACUCCGGGAUGGCGUCGACGCCCAGACGACGCGGCCGGCCCCGAGCGGUAAGAACCGACGAAUCCACUCCUCCCGUGGAGUCGCCUGAGCCCUCGCCGCUGAGGAGGAGCAGCAGGAGAGCCAACGAGGAGGUCACCCCGCCUCCGAGGACGGCUCCUCAACGACCCAAUCGCAAGGAGUCUCCACAGGAGGAGACGGGGGAGGAGUCGGGAGAUGAGGCAGGAGGGGAGGCAGGAGGGUCCAUGCGCACGCGUAACCAGGGGCGACGGUCGGCCUGGUACAUGGAGGAGGACUCUGAGGAGGAGCAGAGGCAGCUGCUGUUUGAGGACUCAUCAAUCACCUUCGGCACCUCCUCUAAGGGACGAGUCCGCAAGCUGACAGAAAAGGCCAAAGCCAACCUGAUAGGCUGGUAACACACCAGACGCACAGGACGAGAGGAGGGGGCCGACUGCCCCUAGAGGAGAGAAACCUCGGGAGAUUCAGAUUUCUGAAUUUGUUCUUCGGAGGAUUAGGGGUCUGAGUGGAGGAAGUCAUGCUUGGUGUUGCAUUUGUGUGCACGUGUUUGUGUGUGUACGUCCGGGCGGCUGCUGGUUCUGCUAUUUGAAGCCGAGGCGCCGGAGAGAGGCAACAACGCAGAGGCCUGUCCAGUCCUCCUUCCUCUCGGCCCGGCGAGCACAUCGCUAAGGCGACCAGUGGCUUUUUCCGAUGACGCAUGUUCAUUCGUUUCCAGCUCCUCUUACAUUAUUGGUCCAUGUUGGAUCCGACAGAUGCCCGCUGACUCCCGUGUUUGGCGGUCAUGUGACUUGUUCCUGUCCAGUGAACUACUCUUCGCCCGAGGAGUCUGACCUGAAACACUGUUGGCGUCAGACUGGGCAAGAUGGUAGUUGACUAGAGUUUUAGUACUUGAAAAAGUCUUGUGGAGAGAUGGAUGUAUCUCAUCUCAGUCUUACUAUUUCAAAGAACUUUUCAGCAGUGUCUCAGCUGGUUGUCGGUCAAAGUCGCCCGCUGAGCAAAAAUCGUUAGGUCCGUGAUGGACUACAGACCCACCGCUGGCCUGACAACAUCUUUCGCCCCUGUCAUCAUUGUUUCUGUUCUUUUCUUUUUUUUCUUUUUUAAAUACAACCCUCUCUUAGCUUUUCUAAGAUUUGUACGUAAUGAUCGGCUCUCUGUUUUGGAAGUCUUGACCCGAGCGUGUCCGUCUGCGCUAAAAUACCAAAUGGUGUACCUCUGUUGGUACUGUAGAUCAGUAGGUUCUGUUAACUGUUGGUGUGUGUGUGUGUGUGUUUUUAUUUGCAUGUUAGAAAGAGGAAGGAUCUCUUUAUUUUCCCCUAGAAGCUGUUUUUACUGUGAGAAGGAUGAAAAGGAUGCAGGGGUGAAAGGGUUCAUCUAUUUGUUUCGAUAGAUCAUGUUUCAAUGCGUCCUCAACAUUAGCAAUACCUUGUGCCUUUAUGUCUUUGGUGUGUGCGCGCGUGCAUGUGUGUAUAAGCGUGCUUGGCCUCUGCCCUGCAAAGUACAUGUGCCUGUCUGUGUACGAACUUCUGUUGUGACUAUGCGAGUGUGUGUGUGUGAUUGAAGGAGUGCGUGUGUUUUUUUAAAACUCAACUGGGUGUGUCGUUCACUCUGUGUACCAACAGUGGCAUACAGUUUGAUCAUUGUGAAACCUCUCAAAGAAAUGUAUUUAUAGCAGUUGGAGAGAAAAAAGAAAAAACUUUACCGUUGUUGUAAGCAAACCAUUAUUCAUGUCAAUAUAUUAUCCUAUAACCAACCUAUCGUCAGUUUAUACCUAAGGUACAGCGAGUGGAGCUUUGAGAUGCACUUACCACAGACUGGUUAUCAAUGCAGUCGUAGGGAGAGACCCUGUGUAUUUUAAAACUGUUGACAUAUAAAAAGAAACUUUUUAAAUGUUGAUAUGUUUGUAUGGUGACCACACACACACAUACGCACAGACACACACACACACACACACACACACACACACAAUUCUGUCUCGCAUGCUCUAGCACUUUCUCACGCCUGAAACAAAAAGGAUUGAGCCAGAUCAAACUGGUUCCGACUUGGACAGAAAGUGGAGAGAGAGAGAGAGAGAUCGUGUGCCUUCCCUACUCUGGCAUAAUAUCCUCGGUUUAUCCUUCUAGGGCCUUUUUGUUGUUGUUGUUGUUGUUGUUGUUUUUGUUGUUCUUUUUUUUUUCCAGACUUCCUGGUUCUGCCCAUCACUGGGUUCAGAGCAGUGGACACCGGGGACUGGACUGGACACGUGACAGGCUUGUGCUGAAGGCUGAGAAAGGCCGACAACAGUCGGACAGGAGACAAACCUAUUAUUUCACUCUCUCUCUCUCACUCUCUCUCUCUCUGUACACCGAAUAGACUGAGUAUAUAAUGAUGGCGGCCUCCACUCCACUUUCGCAUAUUUCUGUUUCCACCCCAGCACAGAGCGAGCGAACGCUGAAUUCUGACACCUGACUGGGGAGGAGUGGAUGGUAGCAUCUGCACACAUCCGAUUCAUGUCAUUGGUCUUCCUCGUCACAUAUUACUCGGACGUAUAUCUCAUCUGUCAACAGUUGCUAUUUUUCUUGUUAUAGAUAAGUUGAUGCCAAAUUCUGUCUUUGGGCACUGACAUUUUAGAACAUGGCUUUUGAAUGUGUUUAUUUCAGUUUGCGUUCUGAGCUCCGUCGCAGGCAAACGUGUCAAAUGUUUUUCCGUCUGUGUCCCCGCCAUAUCGGACGAUGUCGCAGUGGCUAGGUGUGUGGAGUGAUACUGCUGGAAUAGUGUUCUAUACUCUGCCGCACUUAUCUGAGGACACGAUUCCCAUUUAACUGUCAGUCAGUCUCACAAACGCUUUGUUUAUAUUGUGUAUAUGAAGAGCUUUAUUCCAAAUGUCCUAAAACAGUGACACUGUUUCCCAUGACUGUUGACAUCAAAGUAAAUGUAAUUAUCUUUUUCGUUGUUGUUGUUGUUGUUCAAAAUAGGAAGCUGAUGAAGCUGAUUUUUGCCCAUAAAAAUAUGAAUUUAGUGGGCAGCGAUUAUGUAGGUUUUUAUGUGUUCGUCCACUUCUGCCAUUCAUGAAAUGGAUCUAUAAUCUCUUCAUAGGCACAUGAAGGUUUUGGAUUUCUUUCUUUCUCAAUUACAAAAAAUCAUAUUUACAUAUACGCACAGGUUAUCAUGAUGGGAUGGGGUGGGGGGGUUCGCAGGAUAUUGACAAGGAUCUAGCCAUUUUGAAUUAGGAAUGAUUUUUGGCCGACAGCAUCCUUGUCCUGCUAUGUUGGAGCCGCAGUGUCCCAUGUUCAUGGUGGGAUGGGGAGGGAUGUGCAUUGUUUACCCUCUAAUCCCCUGCUGAAAUGCAGUUCUAGAAGUAAACUGCUCAUCGUAUGAAAAUGGACAUCAAACAUGUUUAUAGUCCAUCGCCUCUUAGUCAACUCAUUCACAUUGCCUGUGUUCUUUGAAUCUAUCCAAGUAAAAGAGCUGAUUUUGUUUAAUGCUCGUCAGGUUACCUGAACCAUGCUAGUGAUAAUAUACAGCCUCUAAUCAUUACACAGGGGCCUUAAAAAUCAAGUUACUGGUUGUUGGCCAGAUUUGGUACAUUAAUCUAUUCUCUUUUCAGACGCACAUCAGUCACAUCUGUCCUGCCUGCUCUGUCAGACUGGACCUCAUUAGGUUUUGGUAUUGGGACUUUCCGCCUUGACUCAGCACGUCAAAUCAGCCCUCGUACUUUACAAGACAUGGAUGCUCAUGUACAUGUGCUUUCAUUUACCACGGGCCUGUGCUAAUGUGUGGCAGCAGAGUUGUUGUGCUGUUUGUGGCCUCUGACCACAAAACACUGUGAGGUCCUCUGACCUCACAGUGUUUUGUCAGAGGAUAAAGGUCACAAUGUGUGUGUGUAUGUGUGGAGUGGCUGCAUGUGAGCCACUGGGAAGCAUUUUUUGGAUGUUUUUUUUAAAAGUUUUAAUGGGACAUGGGACGGGACAGAAGAGAACAGGAAGGGACGGGUUCUGAUUCACGGGAAGUGAAUGAAGAGGAUGUCUUUGUUAGUUUGGAUACUUUUUUAUAUAUAAAAAAAUGAAUGCAAAAAAGAAGCAUUAAGCUAGAAUGUAUGUGUAGGGGAGUACUGCUGUCCUGUUAGUUAAUACCAAUAUUUUAAGUAAAUAAACAGUUGUGUUUCCAUA